AGCCUUUCAUUUCAAAGUUGCGGCUUUAGUCCUUUGUAUGUUUUGCCGAUGAAAACAAAGCAAAAAGAAAGAAGAAAAAUCCCAUUUUUAUGCUAUUUUUGAAGCUUUAUCUUAAGAUUCUAUCAUCUCUUCUUCAAAGAUGAACCCAUUUCAGCUCUUGAGCUCUUGAACCCUAAACCAAAGUUUGUUUCUUGAUCUGCUUUUGCAUGUUGAUCAGAACAUGCAUUGUAAAGAUUGUUCAACGUUGGAUUGCAUUUAGCGGAGAUGUCAUUCAGUGCAGAUACAGAAUAUCUACAUAAUGAUGGUUUUGAGGGGUCACAUGAUGAUCACAGCAUUUUUACGAAGGUUUUAUUUGGAAAUGAUGGUGGCAGCACAAGUAAAAAGCGUCUUAUGAAUGGUGUAAUUAAUUUCGAAUGUGAGCAUAGCCAGAAAUUAGAUAAAUCACUAUGUUCUAAUAGUGCAAACUCAGCUGUAACAAGCUGGUCUUCUCGCUCAAAAAGUUUAUACCAGGAGGAUGUAAAUGCACUAAUUGAGAGUUAUGAUGGAAUUUCUACAUUAGGUAGCUUUCCCGAAAGAUUUGCUUUGGCAGAUAGAGAUGUCCUGAGUGGGAAUGUCAAGCGAACAAAGUUCUCCAUGGAUGAAGUUUCUACGGGUAAAGCAGAAAGUGGAAUGGUUUUGAAUGCACUAUUGCAGCAGAACGAAGUUGUUAGUGGUUCGCCCUCGACACCUAUGGAUUCUAUUUACCAAACUGUUACACGCCAUUUAUUUGAAUCAUCUUCUAAGGGGGCUACAUCUAGCUGUCGUCUGUUGAAGCGGCAUGUGGGAAAGGGAAGAGGUAAAGCUAUGGCUUCGCCUGUUUCGCAGGAGAGUUUUGCAUCAAGGCUUGUGGUUUCUAGUCCUGCCGCUGGCAUGGAGAAGUUCGAGUCUCCUUUAUGUGUGGAGGAAAGACUUAACGGAUUUCAAUCAUCUGGAGUUGGGGAUUGUAAUAUUUCUGGGGCAAUAGACACUAAGAAGGAUCCUCGUCCUCUGCUUCGGAUCCAUGUUUUUCACUUUCUAAGAAGAGCAGGCUGGUCUAUUGAGAGACGUAAAAGACCCUGUAGGACUUACGUGGAAACAGUUUAUAGAUCGCCCGAGGGGAGGCUGUUCCGUGAAUUCCCUAAUGUUUGGAGGUUUUUUGGGCAGGUUCUGUUGGCUGAUUGGUACAACUUCACGCUGGAUAACAAUGGUAAGAAAUGGACUGAUAUGAGCCAUUUCUGGUCCGAUCUAUUAGAUAUGUUGGCGAAUAUUGAGAAAGAUUUUAACCAACCGAACCUUCCUCAUGCAUUGGCUCAUUAUUGGACUAUAUUAGACCCCUUUGUAAAUGUUGUAUUCGUUAAUAGGAAGAUUGGUUCAUUAAGGAAGGGAGAUGAGGUUAAAGCAGUGAGCAGUUUAGCUAUUCAAAAGAACAAGAAAAAUGAUGCCGUUUUAGCAUGGAGGAAAAAGAUUACCAUGCAAAAGUUCAGUUCUCAGGGAGAUGUGCCAACUCAGCUUUGUGAUUAUUCUCCGGCUGCUGAAAGCUCAUUGACAGCUUCUGAGAGGAGUUACAGUGCCUAUAAUGGGCUAUCUGGAAAUGGAAGUUUUUCAAACUUCUAUGGUAAAACAAGUAGUGGGGCAAUGAAAGGUCUUGAAGGUGUAUCUGUAUAUACGGCUGACCGAGAAGGUGUGUGUUUGGAAGAUACUGCCACCAAAUCAGAAACCUUUGAUUGCAAGUUCAACGAUCGGCUUAUGACUUCAUCAUAUGCUUUUGGGUCAGAUGGAACCUAUGGUCAGCUAGGCAGUUUUAAGCAUAUUGAUCGUGUUGCUUCUGGAGAUGUUUCCGACGUACUUCAGGGUUCGGAAUAUGCUACUGCUUACCGAUAUAGCAACACAAGCUCUCCAAGUUCUGAAAAACAAAUUUCUGAAUGUAACGUUAGAAUUCCUAAUGAAGCUCCAGGAGAUGUAUCAUUCGAGUCUUUGGAGGAAAACAAUAAAACGUCUGGGCAUGAUGAAUACCGAUUUGAGAAGUUCACCGAAGCUCUGAAGUUUGAAACAAAGGAUAAAAGUUCUUUGCAAGGUGUUAUUUUGAAAAAGAAAGCAUGCAGGAGAUCCAGAAAGAUAUCUGAACUUAGAUUAGCUGCGUUAAACCAAGGUGGUAUUUUACAUUCGUAUACUCCUGAUACGAAUGACCAUCAUGAUGCAGACACAUGCCAGGCUGGGUUAAAUUCAAAAAGGGUCCAAGAAUCCUUUGUUACCAAAGGAAAUCUACACAGGUCCUCGUCUCUUGGCUCUUCCCUGCAUCAAGUGGAGAAAAAAGGCUCGAAGUUUAAGAGAAGUUUUGGAAAUUGUUAUGGUUCUAAAAACCGACAAAAGAAAUCAACUAAAUGCCAAAUUAAAGAUGAUGAUCUGUUGGUUUCUGCUAUAAUAAGAAACAAAGACUUGAGUUUGAGUGCUACCAGAUCUAAAUUGAAGGGCCCCCAAAAAAGGGCUCGGACCAAGUUCAAGAGCAAGAAAAGUCGCUGCAAGCUGCUUCCUCGAGGCAUGGGUAAAGGAGGGAAUCAUAUUACUGAAGUUAAGUUGUAUAAUAUUGGAUCCAGGACAGUGCUCUCAUGGUUGAUCUUAGCGAGGAUUAUUUCUCUGAAUGAUGUCAUUCAAUAUCGGAACCCCAAGGAUGAUGCUAUCGUUAAAGAUGGUCUUGUUUCCUGGGAUGGAAUAGCAUGCAGUUGUUGCAAUAGGGUGCUAUCAGUUUGUGAGUUUAAAAAUCAUGCUGGAUUCAAGCUUAACCGUCCAUGCAUGAAUCUUUUCAUGGAAUCUGGUCAGCCUUUCACUUUAUGUCAGCUGCAGGCAUGGUCUGCGGAGUACAAGACAAGAAAAAAUGGGAUCCAAAAGAUGGAAGUUGACGAAAAUGAUCAAAACGAUGAUUCCUGUGGCAUAUGCGGGGAUGUUGGUGAACUGAUUUGUUGCGACAACUGCCCUUCUACUUUUCAUCCGGCUUGCCUUUCUAUGGAGGAACUACCAGAAGGCAGUUGGUAUUGUUCAAAUUGCACUUGUUGGAUAUGUGGCAAUUUUGUUGAUGAUAAAGAUGCUUCAAGUUCACUUGAUUCAUUCAAAUGUUCACAGUGCGAACACAAAUAUCAUAAGGCAUGCUUGAACGAUAAAAAUCAGUUUGAAGAAAAGGUUUCUGAUACCUGGCUUUGUGGAGGAAGCUGCAAGGAGCUUCAAUCCGGUCUUAGUUCUCGUCUCGGGAUGAUUAAUCACCUCCCUGAUGGCUUUUCUUGGACACUUCUUAGAUGUAUUCAUGAAGAUCAGAAAAUUCAGUCCGCUCAAAGGCUGGCCCUGAAGGCUGAAUGCAACUCAAAACUGGCUGUUGCACUGUCUAUCAUGGAAGAAUGCUUUCUGUCUAUGGUUGAUCCAAGAACAGGUGUCGACAUGAUUCCCCAUCUCAUGUACAACUGGGGGUCAGAAUUCGCACGCUUGAAUUUUUCUGGAUUUUACUCUCUUGUAUUGGAGAAGGAUGAUGUGAUUAUAUCCGUGGCAUCAAUCAGGAUACAUGGGGUAGCAGUUGCAGAGAUGCCUCUUAUUGCAACUUGCAGCAAGUACCGUCGUCAAGGAAUGUGUCGAAGCCUGAUGAAUAUCAUCGAAGAGCUGCUCAUCUCAUUCAAGGUGGAAAAGCUUGUGAUAACUGCCAUUCCGAAUGUAGUGGAAACAUGGACCAAGGGUUUUGGUUUCAAGCCGGUGGAGGAAGAGGAAAGAAAAACACUUAAUAAAAUCAACUUGAUGGUGUUUCCCGGAUCAAUAUUGCUUUCGAAGCCCUUAUAUCAAUCCAACAAAGCCGAUGAACAAUCAGAAGCCGGCAAUACGUCGUCUUUGCAACAAGAUAAUUCAACCGAACAUUUGAGACACGAAGAAUCAACAUGCAUUGACAUCCAUUCUGUAGGAGAUCAAUUAGCCAAUUCUUUGCAGCUUUUGGAUGAUAACAUUUAUUCAAAUGAAGCUUGUGCGAAAAUAGUAACCGAGUUCGUUGGAGAUAUGAAUCUACAAGAAUUGGAAAUCGAUGGUACAAGGGAAAUUACUUAUUCUAACAUAGAGAAGCUGUGUGUUAACCCAGCCUUACAAGUUAUAGAAAGUAGUAGACUAGGCAUCUGUACCAAGGGAAAGCCAGUAGACGAAUGUAUACAAAUCUCUGACAGUUGCCGUGGCGACAAUGAAGCUGACACUGUAACAAAAGUGGAGUCUAUACGGCAAACCGAUCUUUGUCGCGAUAGCCACAGUGCUGAAAUGGAUGAAGAAGCGGUAAAAGAGAAUAAUGCAAUAGUUGAGAUGCCAGAAAUCGGAUUGCAUGAACAAUUUUCGGAGGUGUCCUGCAAAGAACAAGAAUUGGAAUUAGCUGGUGUUAAGAACUCUUGUAUUUUAAGUGAGACAGGUUUUUGCAGUGGAGCAGCUACAGAAAGACUGAAUCGGAUGUAUAAGUAGAAUGCAAUUGUAAAUUUUGGAAAACCCUCGAGUGCUAUUUUUUCUGUGAUUGGAAAACAUGAUAUGAAAGUUUCGGAAAUCCAUCAUGCUUGAUAAACAUGGUUAAUGCAGCACGUUUAGCAUAUU